UUUGUGUUCAACUUAAAUGGUAUUUAUCCUCUGGUUAUAGGUAAAUAAUUAUUCGGAGAUUUAACAUGAUGGCUUAUUUUGACAAAAUGUAAAAUUAUGUACUACUUUUUCCAAAUGCGGUUUGUUAUUUUAAGAGGAAGUAUCAUGUUUAGGUUUCAAUUCUGUGUUAACCCCGUUAUCGUAUUCGGGUGUACCAGAAGUAUUAUUACUCUAAUUUCUGUACGUUUAGAAACAUUCAAUUAAUGUUUCUAUCCUACUACGCUAUAAGUCUCCUUUCUUGUUUUUGCCUAAUCAUAGUCGGAAAUCGAAAAUAAUCUUAUUUCUGAUACUAGAUUCUCCUGUUUUUCUGUUUAUGAUCUUGGCGUUGGGAAUCGAAAUCUCAACACACUAAUAAAAUGUCUUAUCGGUUAACGCAUCCGAAUUAUUGUGUCUGUUCUAUCCUACUACUCUACUCCCUAUAUUAUUAAACACUCGAUAGUUCUGAUAAACUAAUAUGAGUUUGGGUUAAACAUGGCUUUUCCAUUUUGUUGACAGCGUAGAAGGAUUUAGAAGAAGUGGGGCCAUGGCAAGGUACAAAUAGGGUGUCAGUUCGUAGAUACGUGUAAUGUAGGCUCUGUAGCCAGCAAUGAGCCAUGAGAAUUCAGUAAUCCCUCAAGAUGACGUCAUCAUGGUGCACCUUUGCACUAGAAGACAUGAAAUGGUGCAGAGGAGUGUGCUUGCUUGCUACUCUCCUGAAUGCAUGUCUAGUUUCAACAGUGAUGGCUUUGUGCUUUGUUUUUUUUCUCUUUUAAAUUUUUCUCUAAUUUCUCUUUUUUACCGUUUUGGGUGCAUCAAGUCAAAAGAGCUUAGUCAAGCACAAUUCCCCCCUUCUCUAUCUGUGGCUGAAUGCCCCACCAGAAAGUGAAACAACAAACACAUUGUCUCCUUAGAUUCCUUUCUUUUCCAUUUGAAAAUUGCACUCUCUCUCUCUGUGCCUGAUUUCCCAUAUCAGCUAGUGGGACUGCCUAUGUUUCUUUUGUCAGGAUUCUUCUCUUGCUCUCUCACACACUAUAGAUAUUAGAUAUAGAUUCAUAUAGAUACAUAGAUACAUGCCUAUAAUUACAAAGAAAGAACCAAACUUUCUUAUUUAAUUAACCAUAAAAUCCUCAACUAACAGUAUAAAGAAGAAGCCACACUCUCUGUGUGUGUGUUUCUCUGUCUCUCCUUUCCCCCUUCUCUUCUCUGCUUUUUUAACCCUUUACUCUUCUCUUCUCUAAUGAAGACACUACUCAUGGAGAGAACAACCACCUCAACAAACUCAACAACCUCAUCAACCUCAAACUUAACCUUAAACUCUUCAGGAAACCCAUCUCAAGACAUGUCUUCCAAGAGGCACCACUUCCACUGGACUAACAAAGUUGGAAACGAAGAAGAAGAACAGCAAGAAGAAGCUGAACUAUCUCUUCCCACUUCCCAGACAGUGUCCAAGAUCAUAGAAGAGGAGACAAAAGCAGCAAAAGAAGAACAACUUCUUGACAACAAAGCUGUUCAAGGAACAACUUCACAAGCAAGGAGGAAGCUUCAGGCAGUGGCAAUCUCCAAACUCCGUUCAGUUCUCACAGUUUUCAACAAGAACCGUUCCAACCUACCCUUUGGUCUUGGCCCUCGUGUAGUUGGAACACUCUUCGGUUACCGUCGUGGCCAUGUCCAUUUUGCUUUUCAGAAGGACCCCACUUCACAACCCGCGUUUCUCAUAGAGCUUGCAACACCGAUAAGCGGUUUGGUUCGGGAAAUGGCUUCUGGGUUGGUCAGAAUCGCCUUGGAAUGUGAUAAAGAGAAGAACAAAGAAGGUGUAGAGAAUGAGAAGAAGGAGAAGGAGAAGAAGCAAGUGAGGCUUCUUCAGGAGACUCUGUGGAGGACCUAUUGUAACGGUAAAAAGUGUGGCUAUGCUACAAGGAGAGAGUGUGGGCCUAAAGACUGGGAUAUUCUGAAAGCUGUGGAACCAAUUUCAAUGGGUGCUGGUGUUCUUCCAGUGAACAACAACAAUGGUGAGGGUGGUGGUGGUUCUGAUGGUGGUGAAGUUAUGUAUAUGAGGGCAAGGUUUGAGAGAAUUGUUGGGUCAAGAGACUCUGAAGCUUUCUAUAUGAUGAACCCUGAUAGCAAUGGAGCACCUGAACUUAGUAUCUAUUUGCUUAGAGUCUAGCAGUUCAUGGCAAAGUUCUGUUUUUUCAGUUAUUAUACUUAGUUUCCCUUUGUUCUUUGUGGAUUCUGUGAACAGUAGGUUAUUUAUUUAUUAUUCCUAUUCCUAUACUACUUGCUUAUUAGCUGUUCAAUCAUGGAAAUGGAGACCUAGUCCUGUCCAAGGUUGUUCUUUUUUUUUUUUUGUCUUUUCAUGUACCCUUAUUCGUCAUGGAGAUGGAGGAAGUUGAGGGGUUUUCUGUUUUUUCUUUUCUCUCUUUUUUUUUUGGGUAGAAUAGGAGGGUAGGGUCUAAUGGCAGAGCAGAGAAGAGGGUGAAAAUGGUGCAAAUACUUUACAGCAUGGUGGUGGGGGGUGGGGUCAUGAAAGGUGUAUAUGUAUAGUUCCUAUUAUUAUUUCUAUUUUUCUCUAAUCCUUGAAUUAGUGAUAUGAGA